AUGGGAAAGACAUUUGCAUCUCCAAGAUGUAAUCAUUGUGCUGGUCCGCAUAGGAUACCCAAUUGUGAAAGGUUUGAGGCUAUGUCCAUUAAGGAACGCCAGGACCUUGUGGAAAAAAACAGAUUGUGUUUCAAUUGUUUAUACUAUGGACACAGAGUUGACAAAUGCAGAUUUCCACAGUGCUCUAAGUGUGGGAAACGUCACCAUGAAAAGCUACAUACUGAUGGUGACUCGGUGGAUCAACCGUCAACAGAACCAGAGAGAGUUGUAACCCUUGCUAAAGUUCUUACUUCCCAAAAUAACAUAAUUUCCAUAGUGAAAAAUCUAGAUAUUUACAUUUAA